UCCCAGCGGCGUCUCUUGGACGCCUCCUCCCCGCCUCCCUCCAGUCUCUGAGCUGGAAUGUGAGCUCGGGGUUCGGGCAGUCAGCAGCAGCAGCGGCUCCGCGCGCGAGUGGAGAACGGAUCACUGCUCCGGUGCAGCGCACCGUUGAGAAGAAGCCGAUUCCAGCGCACGUCCUGCAGUCACUUUUCGGAUCGUCGGUUUCUGCUUCCUGCCUCUCGUCCUCCUCUGCAAAAAAGUUUGUUUUAGACCCAGCUGGGGUCCGCAUAUGGGAACAACCUGUGUAUACCUAACUCACCUUCUUCUGGAAGUCUUCCAAAAUGGACCUGGAGUCCCUGAGGUGGUAAAGACUGCGAGUGUUAAAUGUUCACCUCAAGACCUCCAGCAUCUGUUCAUUAAACUGCUGUCCAUUCAGUGACUGUGUGAGAAACUUGCGCUGCUUCCAAUGGCGUCCAGUCUGACGUGCACAGGUGUUAUCUGGGCCCUGCUGUCCCUGCUGAGCGCCGCUGCCUCCUGCGUCGGCUUCUUCAUGCCCUACUGGCUGCUGGGAACACAGAUGGACAAGCCGGUGUCCUUUGGUACAUUCCGGCGCUGCUCCUACCCAGUGAGGGACGAGGAGAGGCAGAUGACGGUGAUGCUGGAGCAGUGUGGGCGCUACGCCUCCUUCCACGGCAUCCCGAGCCUGCAGUGGAGGAUCUGCACGGUGGUGACGGGCGUCGGGUGUGGCCUCCUCCUGCUGGUGGCACUCACUGCCCUCAUGGGCUGCUGCAUCUCCGACCUCAUCUCACGUACGAUUGGCCGAGUGGCCGGUGGCAUCCAGUUUGUUGGAGGUCUGCUCAUUGGUUCGGGCUGCGCGCUGUAUCCCCUGGGAUGGGACAGCGAGGAAGUACGGCAGACCUGCAACAACAGCUCAGACCAGUUCAAGCUGGGCUCCUGUCAGAUCGGCUGGGCGUACUACUGCACGGGGGCUGGCGCCGCCGCCGCCAUGCUGAUCUGCACCUGGCUGUCGUGUUUCGCUGGGAAGAAGCAGAAACAUUACCCAUACUGAGAAGCAGCGGCGUCAGACGGAUACCUCGGGCGGUAGGACUAAAGGGAGAGGACUCAGGUUGUGAAGGACUCACUCCGGCUCAGCGCACCAGGCACCAAAGACGACAAAUUGUUUUGGUGCACUGCACAUCAUGGGACACUCUUCAUCAGACAACUGCAGGGACUCUUUCAUUAGGCAACACUCACAGACGUAUAAAUAUAUAUAUACAUAUAAAUAUAUAUAUCUAUCUAAUAAAUGUGUUCUUAAAUGAAAGCUGAAUGGACCAAUCUUCUUUGUAAAAUUGUUACAUUACUUUUUUAUUUAACAGAGAGUUCUCUUUUUCCCGUGCUUCAUCUUUGGUCGCUGUUUAUGUGACUGUGUGCCCUGUAAUGAACAGACAAGUAAUAUUCCUUUAUUGUUACCCCAGGCGUUUCCAUCUCCUUCUUGUGUCUUGUUUUUUGCCUUAAACAUGACGUGAAAUGCAAUAAUCCCUUUGACCUGCGGCCCCUCUGCACUCCCAAAAAACAGAGUUUAUUUAACACCUUCCAUGAGGUAUACAUUGUGUACGGUAAUGUAUUUUAUCAUGUUAUCACAAGUUUUUAUAUUCAGUUUGAGUUUACUCUGUGUCACGCUUUUUGCUUUGUAAAUAAAUGUUUACUGAAAUUUGG